AUGACUGUUGAUCCUCAAGAAGCAUACGGACUAAUUACCAAAAACUUGCAAGAAGUUUUAAACCCACAAAUCAUCAAGAAUGUCUUAGAAGUGGAAAAGAGACCAUUGAAAUUAUACUGGGGGACUGCUCCAACUGGUAAGCCACAUUGUGGUUACUUUGUCCCAAUGACUAAAUUAGCCGAUUUCUUGAAGGCAGGCUGUGAAGUUACUGUCUUAUUGGCCGAUUUACACGCUUUCUUGGAUAACAUGAAGGCACCAUUAGAAGUUGUCCAAUACAGAGCUAAAUACUACGAAUUGACCAUCAAGGCUAUCUUAAGGAGUAUCAACGUGCCAAUUGAAAAAUUGAAGUUUGUUACUGGUUCCUCUUACCAAUUGACCUCCGAUUACACUUUGGAUAUCUUUAGAAUGGCUAACAUUGUUUCCCAAAAUGAAGCUAAGAGAGCAGGUGCUGAUGUCGUCAAACAAGUCGCAAAUCCAUUGUUAAGUGGGUUGAUUUACCCAUUGAUGCAAGCGCUAGAUGAACAUUUCUUGGAUUGUGAUGCUCAAUUUGGUGGUGUCGAUCAAAGAAAAAUUUUUGUUCUAGCAGAAGAAAACUUACAAAGCUUAGGUUACAAGAAGAGAGCACAUUUGAUGAACCCAAUGGUUCCAGGGUUGGGUCAAGGUGGUAAAAUGUCUGCAUCUGAUCCAAAUUCCAAGAUUGAUCUAUUGGAAGAACCAAAAAUCGUCAAGAAGAAGAUUAAUAGCGCAUUCUGUAGUCCAGGUAAUGUGGAAGAAAACGGGUUAUUAUCAUUCGUCCAAUACGUUGUGGCUCCAAUUCAAGAAAUAAAACAUGGUAGUGGUCAUUUCGAAUUCUUCAUUGACAGACCUGAAAAGUUUGGUGGUCCAAUUACUUUCAAUUCUUUUGAAGAUUUAAAACAGGCUUUCAAAGAAGAAAAAUUGUCUCCACCAGAUUUGAAAACUGGUGUUGCUGAUGCAAUCAAUGUCUUAUUGGCACCAAUUAGAGAAGAAUUUGCUAACAAUGCUGAAUAUAAAGAAGCCCAAGAGAAAGGUUACCCAGUGGCUGUGCCAGAAAAGACCAAGAAGGCCAAGAAACCAAAAAAUAAAGGUUCCAGAUACCCAGGUGCUGCUAAACAAACAGAACAAGUUACUGAACAACUGAAGGAAGCCACAUUAGCUGACGAAAAGAAAUAG